AUGCUCGCUCCUAUCUCUGCAUCGAGUAACGUUCUCCAACAAUACAGGAAGCAUCCAUCUUCAGGUCCAAGGGAGCUUACCCCAGCCAUGGUUCGCUCUAUUGACGAGGCUGACAAACCUCCUAAAAGGGGCAAGAAGCUUGAAACCCACAAAGAGGCACAAGUUUCCAAACCCACCAAAGGGAAAACCCCUAAGAAGCGAAAGUCUGAUAAGGCUGUUACAUCACCUCCUCAACCGAAGAAGCUGAAGAAGCCCGCUAGGAGGCUAAUACUACAAUCCUUGAGUGACUCAGAUUUAGAGUAUGUUCCUCCCCAACAUAAGAUUGCUCCUCCUUCAGAAUCUGAGAGCGAAAGCUCUAAUGAUGAGGCUUCGGGCCGAGGUGAUACUCCGCCUCGCUCCCCUACACCAGAAAUUCUAGUUCGCUCUCAUCCUCCGUCACCUCCACCUGUAACCGUCCCAGUAUCCAUACCUCCUAUUUUCCUCAUCCCCAUUACACAACCUUUCACUUCUAUACCCAUCCCUACUCCUAUAUUCACAAACACUACCACCACCACUACCACAACAGGUGCUCAUUCUACCGCCCCCACUCCACUAGUAACAACCGAACCACCUGUCACAACCGAACCUCCAGCCACAACCAAAACAUUAUCUCCCACUCAAUCUACAGAAACAACCCCUAUUCUAGGCGGUGAGGACUUGGAAUUUGAUUCCACGUAUUUCAGUGCUUACCGUGUCCAGAGUGACGAUGAUGAUGAUGCGCCUGUUACAAAGCGUCAUCUCAAGGCAGUAAACGAAAACCUUGAUCAACUGCUCUCAUCCUUUUCCUCUGAAGCUCACUCUGAAGAUGCUUUAAAGGCCUUGUUCUCAUCUGUUGUUAAAGAACACAGUGUAUCACUCUCCGCUGCAGCAAAAGCCAUUGAAGCCUCUACUUCACAGUGUCAACAAGCCUCACUUGCUGUUGAUGCUUCUACUAAGGAGUGCAAGGAAGCGACCGCAAAGUCGAUAAACUAG